AUGACGGAGCAUGCGAAUGAACGUCGCUACGGGUCGACAACUUACCAAAGCUCGCAGUCGCAACGAAACAUUGACAAGAUCCCCGACUUUUCAUUCUGUGGUUAUGCGGCGAGCGAACGACCUUUGCCCGAUCAGCUGGACGUCGUCACGCUUUUGCAGCCAUCAGGCGACUCCCGAGAUCGUACGACCGACAUUCAGCGGGCUCUAGAUGCAGUGCACAACGUACAGCCGAGGACGACGCCAGCAGUUGUCCUGCUACGUCAUGGCGAGUACGUCUUGGACAGCUCGGCGAGCAUACUCAUCCAUAGCAACGUCGUCCUUCGCGGAGAGGCUUCAUCUACCGGACAGCUCACCAAGAUGAUCAUACGAGGGCCGCCCCGCGAGGUCUUCGUCUUUGGCAGAUCAGACAUCGGCCGACAGCGCAAUCUGGGCAAAGCUCGUAUACUGGACAAUUACGUACCCGUGGGCUCAAGAAUAGUACGUGUGGACGAUGUGGCUCCGUUCGCGACAGACGGAGAAGUCGUUGUCGAGCGCAACGUAUCGCGAGAAUGGAUUGCAGCGAUGGACAUGGACAAGCUCGUGCGUGAUGGCAAGCAGCAGACUUGGUUGCAGGAAGGUACAAAGAUCUACCAUAGACGCAAAGUCAGCAGAGUAGUCUCGAAAGACUCGUCUGGAGGUCUCGUCGAGCUUGACAUCCCUCUUGUCGAUUCGCUCGAUACAGCAUACCGCGCUGAUGGUCAGCUUAUUGCGGUGGUACCACCAGAGCAGACUCAGCAAGCUGGCCUGGAAGGCUUCGCCCUCGUCUUAUCACCCUCUUGGGCAUCCGUACCACUAGACGGGACGCCUAACUUUCUUGCGGUAUCCGUCAAGGCCUACGUGCAAGAUAUCUGGUUGCGGGAUCUGCUCAUCAUCGGCUUUCGGGAUGGGAUUGUGCUGGAAAACAACGCACGGCGCAUCACACUGCUCCGCUGCAGAUUCAUCAAAGAUGCGCCUUCGAAUGCAGCAAGAGGAUUGCCAUCAGAGAUUUCCCUGCGCGCUACACAAGUCCUGAUCAAAGAUUGUAGCACAGACGCAGUACAUCGAAGCGACUCGUACUCUGUAGUCACCCAGGCCAAAGUGACGGGUCCGAAUGCAAUCCUCAAUUGGUCUAGUACGGGACAAGGCAAGCUUAUGCUCUCGCCGCAUCAGCGAUGGGCGACUGGCCUGCUCGUCGACAAUUGCCAAGCGACGAAGAUCGAGUUUGGCAACAGAGGUAUCAUGGGCUCCGGACAUGGAUGGACUUGCGGCGCUUCGGUCGUUUGGAACAGUCGUUCUGAUAUUCUACAGAUCCAGAGACCGCCUCUAUCGCAGAACUACGCGAUCGGUUGCACUGUUGGCCAGCUGGCAGGAGGCAAAACCAAUGACGGUUUGAUCGAAUCGCUGGGGCAUCGCGUGCUGCCUGCCAGUCUGUAUACUGCACAGCUAGAAGCCAGGAUAGGCGUAGAUAGAGCGCAUGUUGUACUCAGCCAGUAG